GCCUAAUAAACAACAAAUAAGAUAACAACAAGUCAAGAAAGUAUAAUACAAUUGGAAUUGGAUGAUGAUGAAGAAGAAAAUGAAACGCCUCAUCAAAGACGUCGCUAUAGUGUCUCUCCGAUGCCUCAGAUCCGUUCAAGUGAAUCACAGACAUCCGGUAGAUCAUCACCCGAGUUUCCAAACGAUGACAUUACCCAACCACAAAUUGACGUCAUUCUUAUUCACAAAGUGAAUAAUAACGAUUGUAGCUGCAGCUCGUUGGGUAACGACAAGAAAAUUUCAAUGGAUGGUUAUGCAACCUAUCCUGUUUCGCGUAAAAAUGGAAGCAAAUGUUCAUGUGAUGAAAAUAAUUCUCAAAAUACUCAUCAAACAUUGGAUUUUCCGAAAACGAAAAAGCACUCAAAACGUCCAACGAUAUUAAUGUCAGACAGCGACUGUGAUCAGAAUCCGGAAAAUUUUGAUAAUUCUGGGGUCAAAAAUUGACCAAAACUAUAAAAAUCCUUUUAUUUGCAGUCUUCUUAAUUCCAAC